UAAUAAUCCUCCUUCUUUUCCCGUUGCUGCAAGGCUCAUCAGAAAUGGAGGCCUGGGAAGCAGUGAACAUUGUGCUCUCCUUGCUCUAUGGCGUGCUUUGCGUGUGGUGCGUGUCGCUGCUCGUCCGCAUCAAGCUCGGCCGUCACAAGAUGAUUUCAUAUCAGACGCUCUUCAUGGGCCUGUGCGUCGGGUGGACGCUGCUCCGGAUGAUCUUCUUUGCGUCGUAUGGCCAUGGCUUGGAGAACUCGCAAUACGCUGUCACUGUGCUUCUAUGGGUCCCAAUCAACAUUCAGUUUGCAACAUUCUCGCUGCUUGUGCUCUACUACGCCAAUACCGUCUACAGCGAGCGGAGAAUGUGGGCGGCCCGCAAACGUCUCAUGUACUUUUGCUACUCCAUUCCCCAAAUCAUUCUGGCUGGCCUGUUGUUCGCUUGGAUUUUUGUCACCGGCGACGAUGGCGACUCUGGUGAUGACGUGACAGACAUCCGGCAAUACGCGUCUGCCGGCAUCUUCCUUGUGCUCUUCUUUGCCACUGCCUAUUUCGCGCGCGAGCUGUACAACAUGUUCCCUGCGCUCACGCACAGCAUGAUACCCUUCUCGCAACGCCUGCUCGCAAUUACAACAGUGCACAUGCUCGUUGUAUUCCUUUCUCGAUUCAUUUACAACGUUUGCGCAGGUCUCCGAGUCGUGACAAUUUAUUUGGAGGGCGAUAAUACUGACGCGGCGGGCGCUUUUGCUGUGUACACCUUCUGGGAGAUUGCACCCGUCACCACUUUUAUUUUGCUCUUCAGGAACAUUCCCAAAACCACCUACGUGCCUCCUCCUGCCCUCCUCUCGCAUCCUGACACUAACGCACACGCCGUCGCGCGAUCUGGAGGGCACGUCUUCCACGACCCCAAUCGGUACGAUCGGACAAGCGAGGACAACAGCGCUGAAGAAGACGCCGUCAGCCGGAACUAUGGCAGCUUCUCGACGAGCCAAAACUCGAACGUGUAUGGGCAAAACCCGUAUUCCGAGUACGGGCGACCGCUUGCGGGCGUUCAUCGCUUUGCUUCGACUCGAUCUACCUACUCGACUUCGCCGUUGUCACGGCACACUGGCUCGCAAGUGCAGCGAAUGAUGGCUCAGGAAGCCCACUUGCCCCCGCAAUUGCAGCAACCCCAGCCCGUGGCACUCAUGUCACCCCAAAGCCUCCUCAACCAGAAUCAGGCGCAGCAUGUUCCUGCGCUUGAGUCGCACUCCCACUCGCCGCUGUCGCCUCCAACCAUGUAUCACCCGCACUCGGGAUACAACGACGCAUCCCUGAAUUACGACCAUCAGUUUUCGCCUCGCGAGCGGAAUGGCCCAAUCUAACUGAGGAUUUCUUUUGGGCUGGUUAAGAUUUUUGAUUGAUUGUGCUUUCUUGUAUCUCUUUCUCGCGCUUUCUCUUUCUCUUCUGCCUCCCCUUCCUCCUUGGUGUUCUGACGUUGGAUGGGGUUGCAGGGUUUUUGUUUCAUCUCUUGCUGUGUAGGCUGUUUGUUUCUUCAUCUGUUAUUGUUGUUGUUGUUGUCUUGUUUUUAUUUUGCUCCAAAUGGCAUUGUCUAUACUUUUGUUUC